AUGGAGCUGAAAAGAGGAAAGACCUUUAUCAAAUCCAGCCUGCAGAUUUCCCAGCAGAAACCCCCAGAGUCUGCAGCCACUGCACUGGCCAGGGAGGAUGCAGGAUCCUGGUCAGUCUCACGGGGAGGGCAGCAGUGGCCCCACAGUGAGAGGGGUCCCCAAGUCAGUCCCAGUGCCCAAGGAUACGACAGAUGCUCCGACAGGGGUGCCCAGCCAGAUGCCGACAGGGGGCCGGUAGCUCCCUGUGGGGCUGCCUUCAAACUGAUGCGGAACAGCAAGACUCACGACAGUAUCCCUGGGGCUCACAGGGCUGCCCCCACAGCUACAGGGCAGCUGGUGGGCAGCGCGAGCUUCCCUGGGCCCCCCAGCAGCCAGCGCAUGAUUGACUACCGCCACUUCGUGCCCCAGAUGCCUUUUGUACCAGCUGUGGCCAAGAGCAUCCCAAGGAAGAGGAUUUCCCUGAAACGCCCCAAGAAGUGCUUUCGAAACCUAUUCCACAUCCGCAGAAACAAGACAGAGAACUUGGCCUCACUGGCAGCCAAGGGGAAGGGCUUGUCCUCCCCUGAGGGCCCGUCAGAGGCUGGAGGGCAGCAAGGCAAAGCCUUCUUCCUCUUGGGCGAGGGGACAGGGCUGGACGGCCUGGGUCAGGACCUGUCUGACAGCGAGCUCCUGCCUGACUCCCCCUUCGACCUCUGCAGGGCCCUGUGUGAGGAUGUGGCUUCCCUGAAGAGCUUCGACUCGCUCACGGGCUGUGGGGAGAUCUUUGCAGAUGAGAGCUCUGUGCCAUCCCUGGAGCUGAAUGAGGGCCUGGAAAGCCCAGCCCGGGCAUCUCAGGCCCCUGACAGCAAGGCUUCCAGGGGUCCCUUCCAGGGCAGCGUGGAGCAGCUGGCAUCACCUGCCCGGAACGAGCUGUCUGGCUUCGCCAAGUUCUGGGACCAUGUGAAUCACUCGGUGAGGCAGCAGCAGCGUGCCCUGCUAGGGCCCUGGCUGGGGGGCCCCCCAGGGUCAGACACAGACCAGCCCAGGCCCAGUGCCGCUGGGCUUGCUGAGCUCCCCUUGUACCCCCACAGCGGCUCCAAAGCCAGCUCCAUAGACACGGGAACCCCCAAGAGUGAGCGGCCAGAAUCCGUGUCCACGAGUGAUGAGGGCUACUAUGACUCCUUCUCACCAGGCCUCGAGGAAGACAAGAAGGAGGCCCCCAGCCCUGGCACACCUGCAGCCACCUUCCCCCGAGACAGCUACAGCGGAGACGCCCUCUACGAGCUCUUCUAUGACCCUUCUGAGGGCCCCGGGGGCCCGAGCCUGGAUGACGAUCUAUGCAUGUCUGAGAGCCUGUCAGGGCCAGCCCUAGGGGCCCCGCUGUCCAUGUGCAGCUUCCAUGUGGGUGCAGAGGAGAACCUGGCCCCUGCGCCAGGCCCAGACCUGCUCAGCCAGGGCUUCUUGCAGAGCUCCUGGCGGGGCAAGGAGUGCCUGCUAAAGCUCUGUGACACCGAGCUGGCCAUCACCAUGGGCAUCGUCAACUGGCUGCGCCGGGGCCCAGAGCGCCGCGCCUCACCUGCCUCGGUCCCUGGGGAACCUAUAAGCCCCCCAGAAGGACUGGUGGAGAAACCGGGAGCUGGCUCUGGGAAGGUGGGCCUUGGUCCAGUGAAGAUGGAGGACAGGGAGCCCCAGGCCUUAGAGGCAGGUAGGACCUCUGCGACCUCAGCACCCAGCAGGCAGGAGCUGUGGGCAUGUUCAGGUAUCAAGAGCCCACAUGCCGGAGUGAGUGGGGUCCUAGCGGAGGCCAAGCAGAGGCCCAGCUCUCUAUCCAGGGACCCCUCUCAAGAGUGUGUGCAGGUCUCUGGGGAAGAAGGGACACAAGGCUGCCCUGAAGGCUCAUUCUCCUCUGUGGGGUCUGCAGCCUCCGAGGCAACAAACAUGUCCAGCAAAAACAAGGUCCCAAACCCCUCUGCCUGGCUGGGCUGUCAGGAGCCCAGGCUGCCUGGGAACCUGGGCUGUUUCCAAGGAGCAUGGAGGCCAGGUCUUGGGGAAAGCACCUUGGAUUCAGAACUCACCCUGUCAGACUGCGUGGCCCAGGUGGCAGCUCUGCAGAUCCACCCAGACUGCCAGCCCCCAAGGCAGAGCAUGAGCAGUGGGCUCUGUGGGCAGCCUCAGGCCAGGGGCCCGGACAUUCUGUAACAGAAACAGCCUAACAGCUUCCCUAACAUGGCUGUCAUUGGUGGCCUGUCCUCCCUGGCCAGCUCAGAGGACCAGAGGUGCCCAGGCCACAUUCUGGACCUGAGCCAGCUCAGGGUGGACGAUGCCCAGGCCUGUGGUUCUGUGGAGGACCGGCCCCUGCAGCUCAGCUCAAAGGUUAUAGAGCAGGCUGCACCCAGGGGCCAACUGGACUUGUAGUCCCCCUCGGCACUCCCUGCCUGGCUGAGCUCUGGGAUCACCUGCCAGGAAUUCUGGCCCUUGCUUCCAACAGUCAGCCGAAGGGGCCCCACCCCUGCAAGUGCCCCAGAAAGCCUCUGCACCGUCCUGGACCAUGAGAGCCUCCACUGCAACUGGCCAGAAAUGGGGGCUCCUGGGCUGGCAUGGCUGAGCCCUGCCUUUGGAACAGGCUUGUGUCUUCGUGGUAACAUUCAGGAGAACCUAAGACUCAAAUCCCCACCCUUUGUCCCUGAA